AUGGGAAAACGCUGGACAACUGAGGAUCAAGAGCGGUGGCUGAAUGAAAACGCUCCCUUUUUUAUUGAUGCCCAGCAGCAGGGCAAAGUUGAUCGGUUCUUGAAGGAUCUGAAUGAGCGAUGGUUCGCAAGGUAUCCCACUGAGCCUAGCCAGGUCUCAUCCACGAAAAUGCGUCUCAGAUCUUGGAUGAACUGGCAUGGCGCUAAGCGUAGGCGUGACACCAAAUCUAGCACCUCCGUAUUCCUGUUCAAACAGAAGCAACAGUUCAAGAAGUCACAUUCACGCGUGUACCAUAAAGAUGAGAUGUACUCGACUAUGUUCCCCGACAAGGUCCGCAAGGCCAUGGCAUUUGAGAGGGCAGUGGUCGGCGCAGUUGAUCCGUCAGAGCGCAUGUCCGUUCAGAGAAAGGUUGCGGCGCGGAUGCUGGAGAUGGAACCUCAAUCGGUGAAGAAUCAGGUGGAUGAAAAAAUUGAGGAGAUGCGAGAGAGGUUGAGAAAGGAGAGGGAGGAGGCUGAAGAUUCUGCCGAUUCUGAUGCAGAGAUGGAAGACGUGAAUUCGACGAGCAGGACUCCAGAAGAGUACCACAAAGCGAUUACCCAACUUCCAGCCGUCGUCAACAAUGGUCUUCAGGCGCUUUCACGAGAAACAGGCUGGUUCUUCUUCCUCUCCUGUGCUGGCCCUGCUCCAAGUGCGAAUGGCAGCAUCUGCAUGGAUCAUUACUCCGUCGGUCCCAAGUCGAUCUCUGGGAACACCUUUACAGAGUCAUAUCUUGGGUUUGAAUCGGGAUUCCAAGACCCGUUCCAAAAGUUUGUGAAGAGUUGCUACCCACCCGAAAUUCGUCGUCAGCGUGCGCUCAAUCCAAAUUUGAAUCCAAUCACUGAAGAGGGGGAAAAGGAACAGUCCAUCUCGCUGGAGGGGCUGGAAGUGAUGUCGGACAGAGAUACGAGUCCUCCUGCUAGUUUUGCCUCUGCACCGCCGUCGAUCAUUCAGAAGGUCCUUUCUCCAAAGUUACCUAUUACCCCAUCCUAUUCAUCAAAAGAGGGUAUCAGUGGUCGUCCCCCUCGCCGACCUAUUGAUAUUGAAUCAUGUGAACGGCAUUUCAUCGAUCCCACCCUCUUCGACGAUGACAUACAGAAUCACGCCCUACCCUUUCCAGAUCAUCUAGCUGAUCAUCCAGGAGGGCCAUCUUCACCAAUUGCCCAUGCAUUUAUCCGGAUGCGCACACCAGUUGACGGUCCCCCCCCUUCUCUAACCCAGCAUUCACAUGACAACGACAUCCGUGUAGAGAUCGAUCCAGAGCUUCUCUUGAAGCACACCCAACAAGGAAUGCCGCCUCAAGCUGGAUAUAACACCCUCGUGGACAGUACAUUUCGGUUCAAUGAUACCGUUCCCAAUCCAACCUUCCCAUCACAACGAGCUCAGAACACCUUCAGAGAAAGCAUGACCCCCACCAACCCCACGUCAAACGAUUCUCACACGGGGGGCGUUCAGCUCCCUAAGCCCAGGCCUCGUCCCCUUGCGAAACGGGGGGUGCUUGAUAGCACAGAUAGUAUUCAACUUGAGUCGAUCCUGACAGCGCCGGCGGCCUUGUCCCUCACUCAGCACGGUGCCAACACUAUUCCCGACUCAUGUUCCAACAUCCUCUCAAAUGCAUGUGUUUCUGCAUCUACUGAUGGUCACAUGGAUGGUGCACACGUUCCUGAGGUCCCAAAUGCUGUUCCCGACUUGCAUUCCAACGUCAUCUCAACCGAUUAUCACAUGGAUGGUGCCCACGUUCCUGAGGUCCUCGCAACAGAACCAGCCGCCACAUCGCCUAGCCCCCAUUCCCUUGCUGUCCCUUCAUCAAUCCACAAGCUGGCUACACGUGGAAAGAAAAUUCAUUCCACAUCGGAUGCACCUGCCUUGACCCCAGCUCAGAAGGCCGCUGCUACUCGCGCUGCCAAAAAGGCAGAGAGAGAAGCUGAAGCUGUGACCACAAAAGCAGUGGUGAGCGCCCAGAUCGAUAGCCCACAUGGGGCCAAGACGAAACGGUCCCUUGAAGAGCCUUCCCUCGCCGCUCGUCGCGUUCGGCGAGUUGUUGUAGAACCCAUUCGUCGUGAUGUCUCCCCAGUUGCCAAGAAGGUCAUUUCUAACACGCAAAAGGUAAAAGGGAGGAAACCAAAAAAGUAA